GGGGGAACAUGAGAAAGGGAAGGAGGGCGGGAUCCCUCUUUGUCGCUGUGGCUUGGGUGUCUGCUCUCAGCUCAGAAGGUGCCCCCUGGGACACGCCACCUGGGUGAAGCUGUGGGGCCAGGGAAGGGAAGAGGAGGUUGUCACUGGCUGAGUCCCCACCCUGCACCCACUCUGUGCUGGGAGCCGAGGAUACAGACACAGCAGACACACUCUGCCCUCAGAGUUCACUGAGCAGGAGAGGAAAGUGAAGCAAAAUGCAAUGUGUGGAGGGCCAUGGGACCGUGCGCACCACCCCUCCCUGGGCAGCAGAGGGUGGCAGGGGAUAAAACACCCCAGCUGAGCUUUACAGGAGCUGGGUGUUUCAGCUAGAAAGGAGGGGUGAGAGGUUGCAGGGUGUGGUGGGGGGAUUGUGAGCAGCUUGGCCCAGAGUAAGGAGCUUCAAGGUGGGAAGAGAUGGGGCUGGCAGAGCCCAAAGCCCAUGUGCUGGAAAUGACAAGCUCAGCCCGGAUUCAUCAGGCUUAAAAUGGGCACAUUUCUGAUUUAGAAAGAGCAACUGGUGGCAGGUGGGAAGGAAGGGCCAGAAAUGGGGAAGGAGCAGGCAGGGGACCCCCCCACCACCAGCACCCUGGGGGAGGUGAGAUGAAUGGGGGAGAAGGUGGAAGGAGAAGGAGGGGCCAGCACUGAGCCCAGCUUCUGACUCAUUAGGAAGGAGCCCCCCACCUAGAGGCGACCCUUUGGGAGGGUAAUGUGUCAGGUUUGCUCCUAGAAUCCAAGGUACCUGUUUCCUCUGGGGGACCAUCCAGCAGGUGCUGGAAAUGGGAACCCAGAGCAGAAGAGAGAUAUUUGGGGUCUUGAGGGCUACAGGAGAGGAGUGAGCCUCAGGCUGGGAGAGGGUGCUGCUGGGGGCUCCUGUGCCAGCAGAGGGCCAGGCUGGGCUGGUGGCACAUCCUCUGAACAGGGGCCUUUGUGGGCCUGCUCUACCCUCUCUUCUCUGUCUUCUGCUUUCACGGGUAAGCUGCUCCCUCCCACUGGCAACCCCAGAAAUAGCACAUCUGGUCUGCCCCUGGGUUCCAGCAAGGCCAGAGGAAGAGCAGGGGGAGGGUCAAGGGAAGGCAGGUGGCCCUGACAAUCUUCAGCCAAACAUGACUCCAGUGGGCUGGGGAGGAGGGGGAGUUGGGAGGGAAGGAAUCUGAAAGAGUUCAGGGGUCAGGCCAGAGAUGGGUGAGUGGAUGACAAGAGAAAACAUGGUCACAGCAGAAAGCCGGAGCCCCUUCCCCCAUCUGGGCUCUGGAACCCAUGUACCCCCUGCCACUGGGUGAAAAGAUGUGGCAGGGAAGCAGCCUGUGUGGACAGGCACAGGUAGGUGUGUGCCAGGGCCUCCCCCAUCAGACCAGCACUCACAACAAGAAUCCUCAGUGUCCGGUUGACCCGCAGACCCUGGCCCAGGCUCAGAGCUCCCAAUGCAGAAAUGCGGUUGUUGCUGCAACAGAAAGGCGUGUGCAUUGUGCUACCUUGUAAGCAACUGUGCAGAGCCACAUUGCCCCAGGGCCCAGCUGGAGCUGCUGGUGCAUCCUCCAGGUUGAACCUCUCAGCCCAGCCUCUAUGCACACUCCAGAGAUCCUGGGCAGGUCACUGUAUAUAGGUGGGUAAUUACUGUGCAUCAAAGGAGGCCCAAGUGUUCAGGGAGCUCACCCAGCAAACAUGCCUAGAGCAUUGUCACUCACCCCCCUCCCCAGUGGAGACCAGCUGCUGCUCCCUGGCCCUCAGAGCUCAGCAGGUGCUGCCACUCAUUCUGCUCCAUCCAUGAAAGCCUCUGUUCCCUCCCCCGACUCCUGGUGGGCUCAAACUCCAAACCCCAGCACAGCUUUCAGCUCCUUUGUCACCAGAACCAGCCCCACGUCCCUCCAACCUCUCAGACUCCAGCCUAGCAUCUCUUGUGGCCUCCUCUGGGCAUGGCUUCUCUCAUAAGGAGGAAAAGUGGGCAGGAUGGAGCAGAUGAUCUUGCCAAUGGCAGGCCGGUGCAGCUCACUCAGGCAACCCCAGCAUGAGGCACAGCCUCUGCAACCUAUGACCUGUAUGGCCUCUGCCUUUCCUUCCCUCUGGGCUUGCAGCCCUGACCCUGGUUAACCUCAGAGGCAUGGAACUUGCCUGGGCCUGGAGGAGCAGCCUACCCAUGGCAGGCCUCCAGCAGCCCUGCACUGAACAGAGCAAACCACUCUUUCUGAAAGGGAGGAAAGCUCACGUGGAGCACCCACCCCUGCCCUGGAUGGAUGUGAGUGAGGACAGAGCUGGGCACUCUCAGACAGUGGCUGAAGCCCCACUGUAAGUGUGUGUGGAAGGUUGGGCUCUCAGUGGGAAUAGGAGCAAGCUGAAUGCGGAUCCCUGGGUGGCCAUGGCUGGGGCACCAGGCUCCCUGUGCUCUCACCUAAGAUUGAGCUCCUCCAACACGUUAUUGGUCUUGAGAGCCUCCCCCACUGCAGAGGCUCCAGGAUCUCCACAGCCAUUGUAUGAGAUGUCCAGGACCCUCAAGAAGAUGCUGGCCUGGGAUGCAAAGGAGCAAAAAGCGGGCCCAAGCCUCUGAGCCCAGGAGGCCUGAGGAGCAAAGAGCAUGGGCAGAGAGCAGAGGAGGGAGCCCUGGGGCUUGGCCGGUGGUGAUGGGCAGAGCCACAAGACCUGGGACAGCAAGGGGAGGGUGUGGACGUGAAUGUGCCUCAGGACUGGCUGUUGGCCAUGGGCAGAGACACCAUGAUCAAGAUCUUUCCCCAGGUGGGGACCUCUCCAGGACCAGGACUGAGGCACAGAGCAGACCAGGUGAAGAGCUGUUGGAUGAAACCUACCUGGGGGCUGCGCUGGGGAGGAGGGCGGGAGCUCGGGGGUGCCCCAGGGAGACAGAGCCUGACCUGUCUAUGGGGCAGGACCCCAGUCAGCCCUGUCAAGAGGGCCAGGCAGCAGCUGAGGUUCCUGGAGGAGGAUCCCGCAGAGGCAGCCAGCACAGGGGGCACCACAGGUGCCUGUGCCUGUGCCACCCACUGUCAAGGCCUACAAACCACAAGACCCAAGCGAGCAGGCAGGUGUCUGAGAGUGUGCUGGGGUCCCAGUGUCCAAGGCUGUCAUCUCAGGGAAGCAUCUGCACAUGCCCAGCGGCAAGUAUGCAUCACUGGACAUCACGCUGUCCUCACCAGCCAAGAGUUUGUGACAUCUGGGAAGGUGUGCAACAUCAAAUGUGGACCCUUCACAGAGUGACAUGAGGGGGGCAUGGGGAGAGCAAACAUCAUUGUCAUCAAACAGAUCUAGGAAUGUUAGUUAGCUACAGAGACAUUCUUUAUGCUCUGCUGAAAAGAUCCAAGGCUCAUUUCUGAAGAGCUGUAAAGAUGGGCAUCUGGCACCUGGGAGAUGUGCCCCCAAAGGAGAGGCCAUGGACGGGGCCCGUACCUCCAGUCCCCUGGCAAAGGCCACGGCUCCUGAGCCUCGCAGAAAAUGAUACCAAUGCCCACUGUGGGCCAAGGUCUCUGCUGCGCACAGGGGUCAGAGAGUUGAACCCAAAGUGGCCUGCCCUUCCCUCAAGGAAUUCACCUUUAAUGAAGAAGACACUUCCAGGACUGGGAGAGGAGGUCAGCAGACCCCCACCUCAAAGAGAAGCCCCUUCUUUGCUGAACAGCUGGAGGUGGGCCCUCCUCGCCAAGAAAGGCUACCAGGAGCAGGAUCUGGACCCCCAGAUUUCUGUCAUCACCAAACUCAAAGGGGUUUCCGUGACCCAGAUCAAGGAACUGGGGAACCGACUGUGGGAUGUGGCUGAUUUCGUGAAGCCACCACAGGGAGAGAACGUGUUCUUCUUGGUGACCAACUUUCUUGUGACUCCAGAGCAAGUUCAGGGCAGAUGCCCAGAGCACCCCUCCAUCCCGCUGGCUAACUGCUGGGCUGAUGAGGACUGUCCUGAAGGGGAGACUGGCACGCACAGCCACGGUAUCAAAACGGGCCAGUGUGUGGUGUUCAACGGGACCCACAGGACCUGUGAGAUCUGGGGCUGGUGCCCUGUGGAGAGUGGUGCUAUACCCCUGAAGCCCCUUCUGGUCCAGGCUGAGAACUUCACGCUGUUCAUCAAAAACACCGUCACCUUCAGCAAGUUUAACUUCUCCAAAUCCAAUGCCUUGGAGACCCAGGACCCCCUCUACUUCAAGCAGUGUCGCUACGACCCACGCUCCAGCCCCUCCUGCCCUGUGUUCCGCAUCGGAGACCUCGUAGCCACGGCUGGAGGGGUCUUUGAGGAUCUGGCACUGCUGGGCGGUGCUGUGGGUGUCUACAUCCGAUGGGAUUGUGACCUGGACACAGCCAGGGGCUCCGAAUGCCUGCCCAGCUACUCCUUCCAGCUGCAGGAGCGGAGCUACAACUUCAGGACUGCCACUCACUGGUGGGAGGCCUCAGGCGUGGAGGCCCGGAGUCUGCUCAAGCUCUAUGGGAUCCGUUUCGACAUCCUGGUCACUGGGCGGGCAGGGAAAUUCGGGCUCAUCCCCACAGCCAUCACUCUGGGCACAGGAGCAGCUUGGCUGGGCGUGAUCACCUUCCUCUGUGACCUGCUGCUCUUGUACGUGGACGGACAAGCUCAUUUCUACUGGAGGACCAAGUACGAGGAGGCAAAGGCUCCAAAGGUGACUGCCAGCCCUGAGCCAUCAGAGCCAGCCUCUGCACCCCGGUGCCCAGCUGCCCAGGAGCCUUAGAGGGGCCAGCACCUGUCCCUGCAGCCACAGCUAAUACUUGUAGCUGGUCACUGAGGCUGUGGCCAGGGCCCCACUUACUGGCCCCCACUCACCAGCCCUCUCCUGAGGCCUCUUCUCUGUGGUGGGGGUGAGGGCUGGAAGGCAGGGGCCUCACCUUGGGGACUUCCCAGAUGCAGCCCCAGCAGGACCAGGGCGGGGGUGGGAGGAGGAUUCCACCAUUCAGCUCCCAGGCAGACAAUCUGUUCCCUGACACUGGCCUCAGUGGGUGCUGCCUGGGGAGAGCAGAGCCCUGUAGUGGGACAUGGCUCCAGCUGCGCCUUUCUGGGGAACUCUCUCCCAGCUCUGUCACCAGGGCUCCUAGCAGCAUCCCACUCACGCAUGACCAGCACAGACCCUCCCACUGUCUAAGGAGCCUCCAGCCCUCCCCUCUUGGUGACACCCCCACUGCAGGAGAACCCCCACCUGUCCAGCCUCGCUCAGCCGCGCUGGUCCAGGGUCUGUGCAGCUGGAGUCUAAGGCAGGACAGAAAGAAGUCUAACUGGAAGGCUGUUUCCACUGCUCUGGUGCUGGGCUGCCCUGAGCCCUCACCCAGUUUGGGGAUUGGGUGGGGGCCUUGUGGAAUGUGGAGGAGGGCAGUUGGGGCCCCAUGCAAUGGCACAGCACUUGCUUGGUUUGUGAGCACCAUCCCCUCCCUGGUGGCAGCCCUUUGGCCCUGGAGGGUUGGGAGCCAAAGGUGGAGGAGCUGAGUCAGUGGUCCUUGGUCCUUGGGGCCCUUCUGUGUGCUGCCUUGGUGACACCCAGCCCAACCUCCUGGAGCCUGUGGGGGUGGGGAGGGUGUACAUCUGGAAUUCACUGUUGCCCAAGGUCACGCAUAAGAACCAGCCUGAGGCAACGGCACCUCAGGUGGAGUCCAAUGGCCAGAUGGAAUGCCCCAAACACAUCACAGGGGCUCCCAGCAGACUGGCCUGGCUCUGGAAUCCUCACGGGGUCUGAGCCUUGCAUGCUGGAGAACUCACCAUGCCUGGGGGGCUGCCAUCAGCAGGGGGGACAGGCUGCAGGAGUCAGACACUGUCUUGGCCCCAGGCCACUAGCAGGGACUUGGGAAUGCCCACUCGGGGGGUGAGGGGAUGCUUUCUCAUGGGCCCUGGCCUAUUGCCAGUGCAGUGACGUGGACCAGCUGGGGAGGGCCAGGGCUGGGGCUCAGGCUGGGCUAGCAUCUGCAGCCAUCUGGCACUUGGAGCCUCAGCAAAGCCUUGGGUCGCCGCUGCCUGUCAAUCUCCAGUGCAGUGGCCUUGGAGAAGCAGGCCAGGGUGAGAGAGCCUUUACCAGGGUGGGGUCACGUGGACGGGGCACUGAGGAAACUGAUGUGUGGCUCCAGAGUUGGGGAGUAAAGCCUUGUCAAAGCCA